AUGUUUCCUAGGCUUCGCUUUUAUUUCUUAGCAGUUGUCAUUGUCGGAGUAUAUGGUCACGAAGCAGGCAUUCGAUCAUGGUAUUCGCUGCGGGGAACGGAUUACCUCAUAGAUAAGACUUACGUGGAAAAUUACAGAGACGCAGAGCAGGAAUGUCGUCUGUACGGAGCAAUACCCGCUGUUAUAAACUCAACUUCAGUUCAUCGAUUCAUUGUCAACCAUAUUGGAGUUAUACCAGGUUUGCCGUUUUCCUUUUUCAUCGGACUCAAACGCACAGCUCCUAAUUCUACAUCCUUUACUUGGGCGGACGGCAGUCUCGCUUCAACUGGUGCAACUCAAUGGGGAAUAUACGAACCCAAGCCCCCCAAAGAGCCUGGAUUUGACUGUGUGAUCAUGGGUUCGGAGUUUUACGCGGACCCGAUAUAUUUGUGGCGUGUUGUGCCUUGUGAAGAGACCUUUGGAAGAAUCCUAUGUCAAAAACCAUCUUUUAUCCCACCACUGAACCCGGAGCCACGAAUAGUUCUCUACACUGCAACAACGACAGCUGUAUUCGUUGUUGUCCUGCAAGUCAUCUUUCGACUUCUCCUCAAAAUAUUUGUUUCCAAUGCUGAAAGACUAAUAAGAGAAAAAGCGGACAUGUUAAGCUCAGACAUCUACAAAUUACGUACUGCGUUUUUAAAACCUUCGAGAUUGAAGAAAAAGUUGAAGAAAAAGAAGAAGAAAAUAAAAAAGCAUAAAUUAAAGGAUAAGAUAGACACAGCAAAUGUUGGCGUGCAGACAGGAAAAACCAAGGAUAGUGGCUCCACUGACUCGAGCGAGAGUUCGAACAAUGACGAGGCACGUUUUACCGUCGAAAACGAAAUACGAAAGAAAACAAGUAAACAAGAUGGACCGACCAACGAAGAAACUACAGGGAAAAAGUCAUCAGCAUUGCAAAUCGUUAAUGAGAUCGGAAAAAAAGAUACGGAAAGUCCUAAGGCUAAACAAGGAUUACAGAAGUCAGUAACACCUAAAAAUGGCAAAAACACGAAUCUAUUCAAAUCCCAAUUAAUUCAGGAUAAACGCAACAAUGAAAACGAAAAUGUUACGAAUGAAAACGAAACACCAAGGAAAAGUUUUCUUUCUUCAUAUGUACCAAGUAAACCAAAUCAACCCGCAACUAAAACGACAACAAAUCCUUCUGCGGAAGACGGCCCUAAGAACCCAGAAAUGUUUAACUCUUCAAUGUUAAGAUCCAUUAAAAGGCCUGGAGAAAAUGCGGAAAAUACAAAUGUUAAACAAGAUAUGGAUAAUCUGACAUCGUCCAAUAAUGACAUGCAGCCAAAUUUAUUCAAAUCGAAAUUCAUUCAGAAUAAACAGAACGAAAACGACGAAAAUGUUACAAUGAAAAAUGAAUCCCCAAAGAAAAGUUUUCUUUCUUCAUAUGUACCAAGCAAACAAUAUGACUCGCGGAGUCCAUCUCCAAGACAACCAGAUGACGAAAAUCCAAGCGUGUCAAAUUUCUUUUUACCAAUUACGUCGACACAGAAGGUGGAACGAAAUAAAGAAGAUGAACCGAAAGUUGAUGCUCCGAGAAAAUCUUUUACAAGUGAAGCGCAUAGGAGCCCAGCAUAUGCUGAAAUCACUCAAGAAAUUUCGGAUCCGGAUGAAGAUAAUGAGAAUACGAACGAAACGCCAACAAAACGUUUUACAUCUAGUUUAACUUCCAUCAAAAGUGAUGAACCGUCUCCAGGUUCACAACUAUCGGAAGUAACCAUGGAAAUUGGCAAGAAAGAAUCUCCAACCCCACAGUCCGACGGAAAUAACGAAACCAGUGGAAUUGUGAGACCUGAAUCGAAGAUGGUUCCGAGCAACAUAUCAUCUUAUACGCAUGAGGUUCGGGAUCCGACAACCCAGCAAACAAGCGUCGAUAAGGAACAGAGUUCUUCACCUCAUAAGAAUAUUUCACCAUAUGAAGUUGAAAAGUUGAUAAUUGAAGAUGUUCCAAGGAAGAAAUCAUUUACAAGCCAAGUUGAAGUGUAUAGGAACCCAGCAUAUGCUGAGAUCACUCAAUAAAUUUCGGAUUCUGACGAUGAAGUUGCAACGACAACGGAAGACACGCCGGCCCUACGUUUUAAGACAAAAUUAACAAACUUUCAAACUAGUUUGGCUUUCUCCAGGUGCUAAAUUACCUGAAGCCAGCAGC